AUGUUUCCAACAGCUCAAGCUGAAGAAGGAAAUGUACAAGCAACAGUCAGACAACCCCGGUCCACAGUAGCUCAAGCUGAAGAAGGAAAUGUACAAGCAACAGUCAGACAACCCCGGUCCACAGUUGUGACAAGUGAGACACGCUAUUACGGGCAUCAGUCUGCCACUGCCUCUGAGCUUGAGCGAGGAAAUUGCAUCACUUUAGAAAUACACCCUAGACAAACCACAUCCCAGAUAGGAAAAGAAUCAUCCUUCAACAAAGGAAUCCGGGUAUUUCACAACCUCAGAGGGCACGAUAAUGAAGGAUUUCAAGAUGAGGGGGACCAAGGACCAUCACUACCUCCAAGCCAAGAUUUGCAUGAUUAUGGGGAAGAAAGAUUGUCAUUGCCAAAUAAACAAGACUUGUAUGGUGGACAAGAAGACUUGUCUGCUUAUCCAUGGGAUAAAUCCAGUUUGAAAUCCAUGCCAUUAGACUUGCAGCAGUUUAAAAAAUUGGAUGCCUAUGCAUCAAAGGUGAGUGUCACAAGAAGUGUAGAAGACCUAGUGAGAGUACUGCUGCAAGAAACUUACAGUGACCUGGAGAAAAUCCGAGCCAUUUGGAUAUGGACUUGCCAUCAUAUAGAAUAUGACGUAAAAGGCUAUCAUGACAAAGCUAACAGAUCUUGUGAGCCAACUGAUGUCCUUCGGUCAGGAAAGAGUGUUUGUGCUGGAUAUGCUGGGCUCUUUGAACAAAUGUGCAGUAUUGCAGGGAUCCAGUGCAAGAAAUUGUCAGGCUACUCCAAAGGUUAUGCAUAUAAACCAGGACACGUCUUUGAGGGGGAGCCUGAUCAUGCCUGGAAUGCUGUUUUCCUCCAUGGAAGGUGGCACCUUUUGGACAGCACGUGGGGAAGCGGCAUUGUGGAUGACUCUUGUACCAAGUUCACUUUCAGAUAUGAUGAGUUUUACUUCCUUACCCAUCCUGCUCUCUUUAUUGCCGAUCACUUCCCAGAAGACCAUGAGUGGCAGCUUUUGAAACCCAGGCUGACUCUGCAGCAGUUUGAAUGCAGUAUACGGUGUAGGCCUGCAUUUUAUUCAGAAGGGCUGAUUGCAGCAACCCCAGCCACAACCGUCAUUCACACAGAAAAUGGCAAAGCAACCAUUUUUGUUGAGACUCACUCUCCAGCACUGUUCCUGUUUAAACUAAAUGAGGCAAAAGAGAAUUGUUUAUUGACACUGCAGAGGAAUGGGAUGAAGCUGGAAGUGUAUCCCCACCAGACAGGAACCCAUUGUUUGCAGAUCUAUGCAAAACACUUCCAUGACAAGAAAGAAAACUACAGUCUCGUGUUAGAAUACUCACUGAAGUGCAGCGCUGUGGACAAGAGCAUCUCUUUGCCCCGGGACCUCAUCCAACCAGUGGGACCCAGUUGGCUCACGGAGCAGGCAGGGAUCCUGAAGGCCUUGCCUCCUGCUCCAGUUAUCCACACAGAAGAUGGGCGCUGUGUUGUCACUUUCAUUCGGACUAAAGAUCUGGAUUUCUUUGCCACACUCAAGUCCGAUAACAGCAGGUUGCCAGAGAACACAAUGAGGCGUCACAUCUGGAAAACCUGUCGAGGGAACCAGGCCGAGUUAAAGAUUCACCUUCCCCAUGCGGGGCACUUUGCUCUUCUCAUCUGGGCCAAGAAGGCAUCUGAUCCAGGUCACCACCAGUGUGCCCUCAGCUACCUCAUCUCCUGCCCAAACAAGAGUGUGAUGUGGCCGGUUUUCCCACAGAGCUAUACAAACUGGGAGGACGAUUAUGAGUUAUUGGCACCUCUUGCGGGUAACCUGCCAGCCAACUGCCAGGUGCAGUUUAAACUCAAGCUGCCAGGCGUAUUCAAAGCAAGCGUUGAAUGUGGUGGAAAGACUCUCUCCCUGACUCUGAGUGAAACUGGUUUCUGGGAGGGAGCCUGUAACACCUCAGGUGGGACAACGGUGACUGUCAGGAUCUCCAAGGAUGCCAACAAUUCUUUCUGGUCUUUGCUAGAGUAUGAAGUAGAGACUCAUUAGAUCAUUAGUGGGACAGGCUCUUCAAUCAGGAAUUUUCAACAUGUGGUUAAUGGAUUGCCCUAAUGUAAAGUGCAA